AUGUACUCGAAUCCGAACAACUUUCUCGGCGGCAACAGCACGCGCCCCGGCGCUCCGCAAUAUGGGGCCCCGUUCGGUGCUGGUGGUGCUGGGCAGCCGCAACAACAGCAACAACAACAGCAGCCGGGACCGUUCGCCCCGCAGCCGACCGGCUAUGCUCAGGCACCGCUCCAGCAGCAGUAUACGGGAUAUCCGGGCUUGCAGCCGCCGCAAGGCCCGGGGCAGCUACAGCCACAGUACACCGGCUUUGGUCAGACUCCGCAGCAGAGCAUGCCCACCGGUGUCCCCCCAAUGCCGGCUAUCCCCCAGCAGUUCCAACAGCAGUUCCAACAACAGCAGCAACAGCAGCCUCAACAACUUCCCCAGCAGCAACAAAAUGCUUUUCCGGCGGUUCCUCCCCAGCCCACGGCCCAGACGCUGGCUCCUCCUCCACCGCCCGUCAAGCCGCAGGCUACUGGCUUUACCGAGAUGGCUGCUUCGUUUCACACCGCUGGGGCCGCAAAGCCUCAACCCAGCGCUGCCCCGCGGCAAGCAAACACCGUGCCCAACAUUCGCCUCUCAUUCAUCACCGCCCAGGACCAGACCAAGUUCGAGACACUUUUCAAGUCUGCGGUGGGCGACGGCCAGAGCACCAUGUCUGGGGAGAAGGCGAGGGACUUGUUGCUCCGAUCUAGGCUAGAUGGAGAUUCGCUGUCGCAUAUCUGGACACUUGCAGAUACUACCAGGUCCGGCCAGCUACACUUUCCCGAGUUCGCACUAGCCAUGUAUCUUUGCAACUUGAAGUUGACUGGGAAGAUACUCCCCUCUGCGCUACCCGACAACAUCAAGAACGAGGUCUCGAGCAUGGUAGACAUUAUCAACUUCAGCAUUGCAGAGGAGUCGGGGGCGACCUCUGCCACGUCCACGAAUGCGCCUGAGUUUGGCGUGCGGCAAAACACGGCUACACCCCCUGUUAUCCAACACCCUCAGCCGCAACCGUCCAACUCGCAAUUGCUUCAGACUCAGAUGACUGGCUUCCCUUCCCAGCAGACCGGUUUUCUGGGCCAAGGUCUCCAAGCACAGCAGACAGGGAUGCCGCAGGCGACUGGCUACACCGGCCCGAGACCCCCCAUGCCGCCGAUGCCAACGGGCUAUGGCUCUUCGCUUUCACCUAACGUUGGCCCUGGCGGGGUCCCUGCGCCGCUGAACGCUCAGCCCACGGGCCGGCCCGGACAGUGGGGCCUUGUCAACACGCCCGCAACUGGCCUUCCGAAUAUUGAUUUGCUGCAGGCACGCAUGAUGCCUCAGCAAGGGCGCGAGCAGCAGGACUACACCACGGCAGGGCUUCAAGGGAAUGCCGUGAUUCCCUGGGCCAUUACCAAGGAUGAGAAGACGAGGUAUGACGCCUUGUUCCGCGCCUGGGACGGGCUGAACAAGGGCUACAUUGGCGGCGACCAAGCCAUCGAGAUCUUUGGACAGAGUGGGUUGGAGAAGCCCGACCUAGAACGGGUCUGGACCCUUGCGGAUAACGGCAACAAGGGUCGCCUGGACCUGGAUGAGUUUGCGGUGGCCAUGCACUUGAUCUACCGCAAGCUCAACGGCUAUCCCAUCCCGAACACCCUUCCUGCUGAACUAGUGCCUCCUUCCACCCGGAACUUCAGCGAGUCGCUCGGCACCAUCAAAAACAUGCUUCACAAGGAAUCGGACUUCCGCAAGAACUCUGGCGCGGCCCUGCUACCCCAGAAGACCGGCGUCAGCUAUCUGAAGAACCACUCGUUCAAGGGCGCCGGGAGCAACUCUGGGAACCGCAAAGACGCCACUGUCUUCAAAAAUAAUGAUGAUGCAGUGGGCUACCGUUCGAGUGCCCGGCGCAGGAUGGGGAACUCAUCGCCCCGUCCGGAUUCUCCGGCUUCCGUCGGCUCCAACGAGGAACUGAGCUUGGAUCAGCUGCGGAAGAAGAUCAAGGAGAGGCAGGUUCUUCUGGACGCGAUGGACUUUGCUGAUGAGAAAAACAUUGAGGAAGACGAUCUGCUCGACAGACGCGACCGCCGCGAAGCUGACGAGCUCUACCGUCGCAUCAGGAGGAUCCAGGAGGAUAUCGACAACCACCCGGACUCCGCUUUGGUCAGUGGUGACUCGGAGGCCGAGAGGCGGUCCCUAAAGCGUCAGCUGCAGAACUUGACCGACAAGAUCCCAGAACUGGCGUCGCAGGUCAGGAGGACGGAGAAGGCGAUUUCCGACGCGAGAUUGGAGCUGUUCCGCCUGAAGGACGCCAAGGCGCACCCGGGCACUGCGGCCGCCAUCAUCGGGACAGGCCCCGGCGGUGCCAUCACCGAGUCCGACAGACUCAAGGCGCGUGCUAAGGCCAUGAUGCAGCAGCGGACUGCGGCGUUGACUGGCAAGAAGAUUGAUGUGAGCGGCGACCAAGAUGCGGAGAAGCGGCUGGAAGAGGAGAGCAUCAAGGCCCGGACCGAGAAGGAGAACAACGAGCGGAUGGUCCGGGAUGUCGAGGAUAGCGUUCGCGACUUCGCCAAGGGCAUCGAGGACAACCUCAAGGAGGGUGGUCAGGACUCCACGACGGAACAUGAGAAGCGCCGCUGGGACGACGCUCUCGGCGUGGAAGACGAGGUCCGCGACUUCAUUUACGAUCUUCAGCGGUCGAGCCGGGCUACCCGUAUCCGGACCCAAGAUCGCCAGGGCGGACGUCAGGCCGAGCAGGAACCCGUCAGGUCCGAGGCUCCCCCGGCCGCCCGCGUCGAAAGCCCGGCUACUGUCUCGCGCACAGCCUCGCCGGCCACUGCUGCAGCUUCGGGCGGGUCUUAUUCCUCGUACAAGACUCCCGAGGAGAGGGCUGCGUUCAUCAAGCAGCAGGCUGAGCAGCGCAUGGCCGAGCGGCUUGCAGCCCUCGGCAUCAAGGCGCCCACCAAGCCUGGUGAAACCGCAGCUCAGCGAGCCGAGCGUGAACGGGCCGAACGCGCUGCGAAACUGCAGCAGGCCGAGGAGGAAGAUGCUCGUCGCGAGAACGAGAGACAGGCCAGGUUGGCCGAGGAGCAGGGUGUUCCACCGCCCGCUGCUACUGCCCAGGCUGCUGCUAAGACUGAGACUAAGAAGCCUCCCCCACCCCCUAGCCGCAAGGCUGGUAAGGCGGACGACCGGCGUGCCGAGGAAGAGUCUUCUGCGAAGAAGGCGGAGGAGGAACGGUUGGAACAGGAGCGGGAGGAGCAGCAGCGCGCCACUCAGGAACUUGAAUCCCAGGCUAGGGUUCAAGAGGACGAGCUAGCUAGGGAGCGUGAGGAAGCUGACGCUCGUCUCAAGGCGUUAGAAGAACAGGUCCGCCAGGGGAAGCUGAAGAAGGAGGAAGAGAAGCGCAGGAAGAAGGCAGCACAGGCCGAGGCGAAGGAGAAGGAGUCCCAGCUGGCGCAGCGGAGAGCCGAGAUCGAGGCGGCCCGUAAGCGCGAGGAAGAACUCCGUAAGCAGCUCGAGGCCAUGGACGAUGACAGCUCGUCGUCGGAUGACGAAGGCCCGGAACAAAUCACGCCGCAAGCGUCGACGCCGACGACGGGUGACAGCCAGAACGUGGCCCGCGAGCUAGAGCGCCAGCCCACUCCUCCGCCCGCUCCCGUGGCGUCUCCCCCGCAAAUCGUCACUUCCAGCCCCUCGGCGGACCAAGAGAGCCGCAACCCCUACUUCAGGAUGAUGUCGCACUCCUCGGACGCUCCGCCCGCCCCAGCCGGACCCCCGGCACCUCCUGCACCUGCACCUGCACCUGCACCUCCGACCGCACCCCCGGCCCCGCCUCAGCCCGACGUAUCAACUAACCCAUUCCACCGCAUGACCCAGCCCGCGGCCCCCGCGGCACCUUCCAUUCCCACCACGAGGCGGCGCCCCGACGACGACGAUGGCUGGGGGUCAGACAAGGAGGAAGAAGAGGAAGAAGACUCCGACGACGACAGGCCGGGCGGCAAGAGCGCUGCCCACUUGGCCUCCAUCCUCUUCGGCACCAUGGCACCCCCGCGCCCGUUGUCCGCUGCCGGCGACAAAUCCGCGACAUCCCCUUCCCCAGCCGCCAACUCACCUGUUGCUCCUCCACCCCCGGCCCCGCCUGUCCCAUCAGCUUCUCCCCCGGCCGCGGCUCCGCCCCCGCCUCCUCCGAUGCCAGGCUCCUUCCCUACCACUAGCCCCGGCCCCAGCGGUUCAGGUGCCCCGCCGCCGCCUCCUCCUCCUCCUCCUCCUCCUCCCCCGGGUGGUGCACCAUCUGCCCCUCCUCCGCCGCCGCCGCCUAUUCCCGGCAUGGCUCCCCCCCCUCCGCCUCCUCCUCCGCCUGCGGGCGGCGCACCGGCUGCACCGUCGGGCGGUGGUCGACCCGCUGCAUUCUUGGGUGAGAUUCAAGCGGGCAGGGCGCUUAAGAAGACUACGACACGGGAUAAGAGUGGGGCGGCUGUUGCGGGGAGGGUGCUGGAUUGA